AUGGUUUCCUCUUCCCCCGAACCGCCAGCGGCGCCAUCCGAUCCAGCCCCAUCGGCAGUACCCUUAGUCAACGCUGAGACUCCCGUCAACGCGCCCGGUCCAAUUGCAGUCGAUGAUUUUAGCGACAACAGUGAAUUUGACGAUGAGCUGUCCGAUCUCACCUCCCUGUCGGAGAGCGUGCUCGAGUUUGAGUAUGAAAAUGGUCGGCGAUAUUGCAGUAACCGCUUAGGAAAUUAUAUGAUGCCAAAUGAUGAGGAGGAGCAGGAUCGAAUGGAUCUGACACACCACAUAUGGCUGAUGUUACUGGGAGGAGAGCUUUACAAUGCCCCUAUCAAAUCAUCCCCACAGAACAUUCUUGACCUGGGAACCGGAACAGGCAUUUGGGCUAUGGACAUCGCCGAGUCCGUGGGAGCCUCCAUCCUCCAUCUUUGUAUGCCCAAAAUGCUGACACCGGAUGAUAGGAAAUUCCCUAACGCCCGCGUCAUUGGGAACGACAUCAGCCCCAUCCAGCCCAGUUGGGUGGCCCCAAAUAUCGAGUUUAUCGUGGAGGAUAUCGAAAGCGAAUGGCAGUAUGAACAAAACCACUUUGACUUUAUCCAUGCACGCUGCCUAGCAGGAUGCGUCGCCGACUGGCCCAGGUUUAUCCGCCGAGUCUACGAGCACGUCAAACCCGGCGGCUACUUUGAAUCGCACGAGAGUGCCGUGUGGUGCUGGAGCGACGAUGACUCCCUCAAGGAAACUUCGGCGCUCAUGGAAUGGCAGCAGGCCGUCAAUUUCGCCGGUAACAAGAUGGGCCGCGAACUGAACAUCUACCAUAAGAUAAAGGGCUGGAUGGUCGCAGCUGGCUUUGAGGAUGUUCAAUUGUCGGUCUACGUGUUACCAUUCUCGCCCUGGCCGCGUGAUCCCCAUCUAAAGGCCCUGGGGAAGUACCAGGCAGUGCAGUUGCAGCAAGCCAUCGAUUCCUAUUCGCUGCGCUUGUACACGCAGGUGCUGAGCUGGAGCGAGGAUGCGGCCAAGAUUCAUAAUGCUUUGGUCAAGCAGGAGUUGCGGGAUAAGAAGUUGCAUGCCUAUGUUCAAACGUACAGUCCAAUCCAUUCCUUUCGAUAG